CACUACUCUUCCACUUUCAGAUCAUUUUGAAACCCAAAAAGCUUUCUAAUGGCAACAAUAUUAAUAUCAAUCCUUCCCUUCAUGAAAAAGAAGUGUUAGUAAUAGUACUGUUAUCCUAACAGCUUUGAAGGGCUCAUUUUGCAUGGCACAUUAAAAUCACUUUUAGUCAAACUAAACUUCACACAUUUCCCAUUUCACCAUGUCAUCAAAAUCUCACAUCUUCACUUAUAUUAUUUAGAGGAGAAAACAAUACACAAAGAUCGAUCUUUGGUCAAAAAAACAAGCUGGAAUUUAGCACAUAUAUAUAUAUAUAUAUACAUAUAUAUAAUGGGAUAUGGUACGACUGAAAGUGUUGAUGAUCAAGAUCAUCGCGAAAAGAUGACGAGAAACGCUCAAGCGAACCGUGUGAUGAUGGAGAUAGAGGCCGGGAAGGCGGCGGCGGGAAACGGGCUAGUAGCGGCGGGGUGCGGUUUGAGCCCAUUGAGCGAGACGCUUUGGAAGGAGACGACGAAUACAGAGCUUGUUGGAGAUGUUUCUGCAAGGCUGACAUGGAAGGAUCUGACUGUGACCGUCACGCUUAGUAAUGGGGAGACGCAGAAGGUUCUAGAAGGCCUCACCGGCUACGCCGAGCCGGGGACUUUCACCGCUCUCAUGGGCCCCUCAGGCUCCGGCAAAUCCACUCUUCUUGAUGCUCUCUCUAGUCGCUUGGCUACAAAUGCUUUUCUCUCUGGCUCAAUCCUUCUCAAUGGUCGCAAGAGAAAGCUUUCUUUUGGCACUGCAGCCUAUGUGACACAAGAUGACAACUUGAUUGGGACUCUUACGGUGAGGGAGACGAUUUCUUACUCAGCGAGGCUGCGGUUGCUGGAUAAGAUGGCGUGGUCGGAGAAGCGGGCGCUAGUGGAGAGCACCAUCAUAGAGAUGGGGCUUCAAGAUUGUGCAGACACUGUGAUUGGGAAUUGGCAUUUGCGUGGGAUAAGUGGUGGAGAGAAGAGAAGAGUGAGCAUUGCUCUUGAGAUCUUGACAAGGCCUAGAUUGCUCUUCCUUGAUGAGCCUACUAGUGGACUUGACAGUGCUUCUGCUUUCUUUGUGACACAAACAUUACGUGGCUUGUCAAGGGAUGGGAGGACUGUGAUAGCCUCAAUUCACCAGCCUAGCAGUGAAGUUUUUGAGCUGUUUGAUCAAUUGUACUUGCUCUCUGGGGGCAAGACUGUUUAUUUUGGUCAGGCUUCUGAGGCGUAUGAGUUCUUUGCACAAGCUGGUUUUCCUUGCCCUGCUCUGAGGAACCCAUCUGAUCAUUUUCUAAGAUGCAUUAAUUCUGACUUUGAUAAAGUCAAAGCCACUUUAAAAGGGUCCAUGAAACUAAGGUUUGAGGCAAGUGAUGAUCCUAUGGAGAAGAUUACAACUGCUGAAGCAAUUCGAACUCUCAUCGACUCCUACCGAACUUCUCAAUACUGCUACGCGGCAAGAGAAAAAGUUGAUGCUAUAUCCAAAGUUAAAGGAGAUGUUCUAGAUGCGGGAGGAAGUCAGGCCAGUUUCUUGAUGCAAGCCUGUAUGUUGACCAAGCGGUCUUUCGUCAACAUGUCGAGAGACUUUGGCUAUUACUGGCUCAGGCUGGUGAUUUACCUUGUGGUCACAAUUUGUAUAGGAACCAUCUAUUUGAAUGUGGGGACAGGCUACAAUUCAAUCCUGGCAAGAGGCUCAUGUGCAUCUUUCGUCUUUGGAUUCGUCACAUUCAUGUCGAUUGGUGGGUUCCCUUCAUUUGUGGAGGAUAUGAAGGUUUUCCAAAGAGAGAGGCUGAAUGGUCACUAUGGUGUGACUGCAUUUGUUAUCAGCAACACAAUCUCUGCCAUGCCAUUCCUGAUACUGAUCACAUUUCUCUCCGGAACCAUUUGCUAUUUCAUGGUCCACCUCCAUCCAGGUUUCAUGCAUUACCUGUUCUUUGUGUUGUGCCUUUACGCGAGUGUCACCGUCGUUGAGAGCUUGAUGAUGGCCAUAGCCAGUAUCAUUCCCAACUUCCUGAUGGGAAUCAUCAUCGGAGCUGGAAUUCAGGGCAUAUUCAUGUUGGUGUCUGGAUACUUCAGGCUUCCAAAGGACAUCCCAAAGCCUGUCUGGCGUUAUCCAAUGUCAUAUAUCAGCUUCCACUUCUGGGCUCUACAGGGACAAUACCAGAAUGAUCUGAUGGGGUUGAUGUUCGACAACCAGACGCCAGACCUGCCCAAAAUCUCAGGUGAGUUCAUCCUGGAAAACAUCUUCCAGAUCGACAUACACCGGUCGAAAUGGGUGGAUGUCAGUGUGAUCUUCAGCAUGAUUGUGAUCUACCGCAUCAUCUUCUUCAUCAUGAUCAAGAUCAAUGAAGAUGUGACACCUUGGGUGAGAGGUUACAUAGCAAGGAGAGUAAUGCAACAGAAGAACAAAAGCCAAGGUGCAACCGCUUCUCCUGACGGCCUUUCUCAGUCCCCUUCAUUGAGGAACUACGUGGCCAAUACGACGUCU